UCCUAUAUCAUUUCCAUCUAUAACUAAACUUCAUUCUAUAACCGAAAGAUAGUCAAUACUCUUAUCACUCAAAGUUUUCAAUUACACUACAAUAGAUAUGGUGAAGCUAACAAUAGUUGGAAGGGUGCAUGAUGGGUUACCCCUUUCACAAGGACCCGUUUACGAUGAAGACGACAUCGUUUACAAGAAACAUGCCGAGUUUUUGCUUCAUGAAAUAUCCAUGGAUGCCUUGCCACCUUCCACCACCACCAUCUUCCUCCAUAACCAUUGCUUCAACUAUAUGGUGAGAAAUGGUGUUUGUUUCAUCACAUUAUGUGAUGUUUCAUACCCAAGGAAGCUUGCAUUCCACUACCUUCAAGAUUUGCAAAAGGAAUUUGACAAGGUUGAUCCGACAAGAAAUGGGCACGUACGCGGUGUUGGUCGUGUACUCAAAAGUGCCUUGGGUCAUAGGAAUGGGCACGUACGCGGUGUUGGUCGUGUUGUUAAAAAUGUCACCCACGAAAUAUCGACCUCAUACCCCCCGCCACGACAACAAUAACAAUUGGAAGAAAUGCAAGAAGAAAUGCAACAAAUGCGACAAGAAAUGCGACAAUAACAACACCAACAACAACAACAACAACAACAAGUGCAAGUGCAGCCAUUCUCAAACCAAGCAAUAAUGGAACUACUACAACAACAACAACAACAACAACAUGCGUUUCAAAUGCAACAAAUGGAAGCACAAUUUCAAUGCCGACUUAAUGAAUUGAAACGAAAAAUGCGUCAAGUUGACGAAGAUGAUGAAGAUGAUGAUUAGAAUUAGAUAUUUGCAUUAAACGUCUAAUUUGAAGUUUGUACUCGAUAACUAAUGUUUAUUUUGAAGCUUGGACUUGAUAACUA